AUGACCAACCUCACAGCACCUUUGUCUGACAUCUUGGUACAGAAGCACUCGUCAAAGGGCUUGGGCCAGAACCAUCGAGACCUUGUGGGCCAGCUCGAUUCCUUCCUGCGCGAAGCGUACCAAAUCAACCAGUCCAUCUCGUCCCUGUUGCGCUACCUGCGAGCCAUCCGCACCCCGUACCUGUCGACUGCCCCGCCGCCACGACAUCAGAAACACACCGCGGGCGACAGACAUGCUGCUGCCGUCUCACACAGCCUCGGGGGAGAGGUACCAGAACACCUCAACGACGCGCAACGAGAAGCCAUCGACUCCGAGACGUCCUCGGUCCUGCGCGACAUCAACAACAAGAUCACCAACCUCACCUCUGCGGUGACCCUGCAGCACGACACGGCGAGCAAAGUCCUAGAGAGGAAAUAUGGGAAACCGGACGGAUUCCUCUGGCGGUGGGCCGCGGGGGACGGUGACACGCCCGACGCAGGCAAAUCACCAAAGCAACUCGACGAGGAAGGCCAGUUGAGGACCACGAAGAUGUUUCGGGACGGGGUGCUGUGGUAUCUGAACAAGUACCUCAAGGACGCAAUCACCACACAGCAGGAGAUGGUGGAGAAACGGCUGGAGCGCGAGCAGCAAAAGCAAAUGAGUAUACUCUACAACCCGCGUAACAAGGGCGUGCGGGCCAGUCGCGAUGCAGAGACCGGGACUAUGAAUGGUGGGCCGGAGGCGACGACGACAUCUCUCCCCCCGACUCAAGAUCUACGCGGUCACGACGAUUACAAGCCCUGGGCCGACUCGUCGCAAGGCGGCGGCGUGGAACAAGAACUCUCCCCGGAACAGCUGCAGCUGUUUGAGGAAGAAAACAGAGGCAUCGUCGAACACUUCAACGACCAACUCGGCAAGGUCACGCAGGUGGAAAAGUCGCUGAUGGAGAUUGGCAGUCUGCAGCAGACGCUGGUGGGACAUUUGAGCGUGCAGGGCGAGAUGAUCGAUACGCUGGUUCAGGACGCGGCCAAUACGGAUGAGAAUGUACGCAAGGGAAAUCGAGAAUUGAAGAGGGCGAGUGAGAGGGGGAGCACGGCGAGGCUGGUCUUCUAUGCGACGGUGGGAUUUUGUUCGUUUCUGGUCGUGUGGGAUUUGAUCUUCUGA